UUGUUUCCAUAGGCAGCCAUCCAUCUCAUCUUUACUACAUAAAGGCUCCCACCAUCAGACAGAAUCUCAGGAUUCUGUACAGCAGAACAAGAGCUUCUCAACAUCUUUCUCCAGACCUGUGAGUAGUGUCGGGGCAAGAUGUUUCAGCUUUGGAAACUUUUUCUCUUGUGCGGUCUGCUCACUGGGACCUCAGCGUCUCUUCCCAACAACGAUGGCCUUCUCGGUGAUGUUGACAAUCCUUUAAAUUCUAAUGACCUGAGUGCUGAGGGUGAUCUGAAACCUAUUAAUGACAAAGAACUUCAGGUUGUUGGUGGUACAGUUGACUCUGUCUUUCAGAGCACCUUGGGAAAUGUUAAGACAGACACAGAGCAGGCAGUUUUGAAGCUGGAUGGCUAUACCACUACCAUAAAUGGUUACAUAUUGAAAAUCAAUAGUCCCCAAAUCCUGGAUAUCAAAUCUGAAGUGACUCCUGAUGGCAAAGGCAUUAACCUGAGGAUCCCCAUCAGGCUUCGUGUCUCUGUGUCCCUGCCUCUCAUUGGUCAAGUGCUUGAUCUGCAAGUGGCUUUGGACCUCCUCAGUGGAGUCAGUCUUAAGGUCAAUGAUGAGACUGGACUCCUCGGAUUGGUUGCCACAGAAUGUGCCAGUGAUCCCGCCUCCCUCAGUCUCAGUUUGCUGAAUAGCCGACUGACUCUGCUCAACAAGAUUCUCGGCGUUGUAACCGGCAUUGUGGAGAAUGUAUUGUCCACCCUGUUAGAGAAUGUGUUGUGCCCUGUGGUCCAAGUCCUGGUUAAAACCCUGGCUGUGCAAGAUAUUCAGGGCAUCACUAGUAAUCUCAACCAGCAAGUCAACGAGCCAUUCGUCAUCUGAAGAAGCCAGAUGGGGAGGCCGCUGUGAAGCCCACCAGCUGACUGGUCCACAUUCCUUAGUAGCAUGACCCUCUGGGAAGGUGCUGCCACCACCCAACCGGAAUGAAAGCCGGAGCUCUGCCAGAGGAUGCCCCUCACCCCUACACCCCCCCACCC